UGUUCAUGGAGACAGGGGCCUCUCUAGCUCUGGGUCCUGCUGCUCUGGUUCCUGUGCACUGACUCCCAUCCUCUCGUCAUCCUCCGUCACCCUCUGGGAGGAGUUUGCCAUUCUAUAAGAGCCAACUCUUUGGGAAGCAACAAAACAGCGCUGGACUGCAUUUGAGAAAGCGACCGUCCGCCAACUGAUCUACAAAUCAGGGAGCAGGAGAUCUCAUCCACACAAAAGCAAAAAUGUUUAAGCUGAUUCUUGAAGAGGAAGCAAAAAAAUUGACCGGGACCGCUCCCCAGGAUGCAGUUGAUUCAGCAGGUCAGGGCGUGCAGAAAGUACUGGACCAGGUUACAGAAGCUGGUCAGAAAGUGGUAGAUGACACCUGCAAAGCUGCACAGGAUACUGGAGAAAAGGCUGCACAAAGCCUAACAAGCCAGGCAACUGCCUGGGGCACAGCCUUUGGACAAAGCGAAGACCAGAAGAACGUUUCAACUUAAACCUAUUAUACUGUUUUCUCUUAUUAUAUAUUUAAUGGACAGAAAUUCUUCAGGUGUUUGGCAUAUAUUCUUUACACCUUCAUUAAAAGUGAAGCUAUAAAUCCCUAUACGUUUCGUUAAAUUAAUCUUAAAACUCUG